AUGAAAGCUCUUGAAGAGGAUCUAGAUCCUAACUUUGUAUUAAAUUUCGUACAAACGACACAAUCAAAGAAUGUCCCGGACUAUCUCAAUCCAAGAUUCAUGGAACUUGUACAAAGAAUGCAAUGCGUGGGUAGACCUCUUCUGGAUCCAUUCUUCAACUCUAUCAACGACAUUGACUCUAUUGACGACAUGACUGUAUUACAAACAGCGAUUACUCUUGGUCAGACGUACAUGGUGCUACAAAUAUUGGAAAAAGGUCGUCUGAAUAUUGAUUCUUCUUCCAAAAUAAACGGACUGAACGCCUUACACUGUGCUUCAAAAGACGGCCAGUUACAAAUUGUCAAGGUCCUUCUUAAUCAUGGCGCCUCAAUCAAUCUACCUACUUCUAAUGAUGGAACAGAUGAAAGAUACUUCCCACUCUAUCGAGAUUGUGCGACACCCUUUCACCUAGCUAUUGCGCAUGGACAUCUAAAUGUUGCCACAUUUCUAGAAGAGAAUGGAGCAGAUGUCAACAAACCAUGUAAAUCGGGGCUCACACCACUGCAUUCCGCUAUUGAACAUAGCAUCAACAUGAUCAAAUAUUUGCUUCAAUCCUCCAGGUAUCAUCAUUCAUUUUCCACUGCGACGCUUUCAGGGUGGACCGUGUUAAUGGACGCAGCAGCAACCAGCACAUCCGAAGUAUUUAGGUUUAUCCUGCAAGGUUCAAAUUCGUCGAUUGCAUUGCUACAGUCCAAAGAUGGGUUCAAUUGCCUUCACGCGGCCACAAAAUCCCCGAUUAACCCGUGUCAAAAAGUUGCGAUGCUCAAAGAGUCAUGCAUAGAUCCAUGCAUACCAACAGCCGAAGGAUUUCUACCUUUGCAUUUUGCAGCUGAAACAUCCAAGCAAAAUUUGGAGCUGGAAGUUCAAGACGAAAAUGAUAAUUCAGCAUUGCUAGUGCUUUGCAAGAUGUUACUCCAGAAAGGAACAAUAAAUUUGGACCCUUCUUGGGGAAGCUUCUUUGCUAGGGCGAUAAGGCUAUUACUGCGCCAUGGAGCCAUAGCCACUCAACAAGACGAACAAGGGAAUACGGCACUGCACUACCUUUGCAAAAUUGAACCUUUUACAAAACUUGAGUAUCGAUGUAUAUCAUGUUUGUUGGCAGUCAAGAAUUCGAAAGCAACCAAUAACACCGAGCUGGACAUACCAGAAAGUUCCAAAUAUCGGAGUAAAUACGAUAGCUAUGAUCACCAAUAUGGUAAAAACGAAUAUGAAUAUGGCGAUGAAGACGACAGCGACUGCGAUGAAAAUUUCAUGACAACAUUGGAUUUCCCAAACCAAAAGGUUCAUGCAGAAAAUGACACCAGUAAUUCUCUGAUAUUAGCCAACAACAACAAUAUGACUGCAUUACACAUAAUGUUUAACAGACUGGAAAUUCUUGAUGAUCCGGAGCUCCAACCAUUCGGCACCAAAACUGUGCUUCUUUUAAUAUCCACAGCUUCCAUAGAUCAGCUCAACAACAUCCUAAUUGAUGGCCAGCGUCUGCUUAAUGUUACUCUUCGUCUCAAGCAAGACCAACUCAGCCAAGCACUUCUUGAUCGAGGCAUUGAUACCAUCUCUCUUGACGAGGGGAUCCCCCCGCGAACAGCCCUUGAAAUGCUUUGUAUUUAUGGAUCACACGAUAAAAAACUCAUCGCCAAAAUUCUUUCGAAUCAUGCAGAUAAAACCGCACUCAGUGCUCGUGGCUAUACCUUGCUUCGUUUAGCAUGUUUCAACAACCAGAUCAACGUUCUCGAAGAAUUGCUUCUUGCAGGAUGGAAGACGGAUAUCUUAAGCCGAGAUGAGCAGCCGCUGAUUUUAGAGGGCAUCCAGUCCGGAGUUACAAGAAUCUUCAUACCCGGGAUCAGCAUGAUGGGAAUAGACAAUUAUCCUGCACUUCCAUCAGGGGCUAAGCAAAAAUUUCUUGCCGAGAUAGACGAUGUAACGCCUCUGCAUAUUGCUUCCUUUGACGGCACCAAAGAAACUGUACAGUAUGCUCUAGAUAAUGAUAAUAAUACAGAUAUCAAUCUUACUGCUAGCUUCGGCACAACUCCGCUGUUUUUCGCGAUUUAUGGCAUACAGCAUGAUACUAUAGAGUUGCUUCUAUCAUAUGGUGCCACCACUAGCGAGCUCUACGGCCCUCAUAAAUUGACACCGCUGCAUCUUGGUGUUGUAGUUGGCAACGAACUAGUUGUUAAUUCUCUCCUUCAACAUGGGGCCGACCCCCAAGCUCGUGAUGGCGCAGGGUUUACACCAGCUAUGCUUGCUUUGGAUCUUGAGUAUGAGAAUAUAGCAAAGAUUUUGGCUGUCACUCUAGCAAAACUUCCACCAUCUGCGCCUGUCUGUUCAGAUAGCAAUACAUUGACUGUGGCGACUGAACCAGUGGGUGAUGAUAAGUAUGUAUCGGGCGCUAUUGAAGAUGCCAUCAUUCGCCAGGACUUUUCGACUCUUAAAUUUUUACUUCAAAGUAGAUACGAGCUUAAAGGGUCUUGUUGCUGUGGAUUUAGUCCAUUACUUAAGGCAUUUAUAACAAACUCGCCCGAAGAAAUCAUUCAUUAUCUACUGGAUAAUGGAGCAUCACUAGAUGGCGUAGUGACAUGCACUAAACCCAUCGUCACGGCUGGGUUUACACCUCUCCACCACGCUGCAAUGUUGGGAGACGAACAAAUUAUGGAAAAGAUUCUCAAAUUGGGGAAACCGAAUACUCAUCAGAAAGUAUAUCCAUUGCAUAACGCAGCUUAUAAUGGUCAUUUUGCUUGUGUCAGGUUACUUUUAAAUCAUGAUCUUGAAGGAAAAUGUGGUGUUGACGUGAAGACCAGUCUUGCUCAAACUCGAUGCCUCGCAGAGGACCAAAUGGUGAGCAAGCAUAUAGGGGUCGCAAAGGACAUCUGCGGGACAGCUUUGCAUUAUUCUUUAUGGGAAAAUCAUAUGAAUACUAUGGAGGAACUCCUAAGAGCUGGGGCAGAUCUAAAUUCACAUGACAUGAAGGGGAAAACGCCACUUCAUAUCGCUGCGGAGAACGAUCAAGAUCAAGCAUGUCAGGCAGGAGUCCCUGCAGAAAGAAUGCACCAGUAUGUCAAUUAUGUCAGUCUCCGGGGUACAGCUCUCUAUUGUGCAGUAACAAGCUCUGCAGAACAGAGCCCGGAAAUGGUGAAGCUGCUCAUAGAACAUGGAGCUGGGCUUAAAAUCGCCAAACCCUCACAUGGUACACCUCUUAUGGGUGCUUGCUACUUUGGUCGUUAUGAAAUGGUGGCACUACUUCUCAAAACAGGGGCAAGAACUACGUGCAAGAAAGCUGAUGGCACAGAAGUGACUGCAGUCAUUGAAGCUAGGCUCCACCCCGAGAUAGUAUCCUUACUAAAGAGUUUUGAGGAAAGGGGCUUUGAGGCUUUGGAUGAACCCAAGCCAGCUCGGAUUGCUAAUAUGUCGAGGGUUGAGGAUUCAUUCAUUGAUCGUGGUUAUUGCAUUUUCUUCAACUCACUUCUAUCUGCCGGUACUAGUAUUAAACUACCAGUCUACCAUUGGUUGAGUCCAACUUUGUUGAGUAAAUCGGAUGAUUCGCGACGGCUCGCCACUCUUCAACUGCUCAGCUCUACAAUUAAUACAACCAGGCCUGCACCAUAUGAGUCUUUCGCAUUAUUGAUCUAUCACUUCGAAAUCAUGUUUGGGCAUCUUGAACGCCGUCGCGGAUGGCACUAUGCGCAAAAACUGCGCGAACUUCAUGGUGAAGCCUAUUUCAUCAUUAGUCCCGGACAAAUAUACCUACAAAUUUGUCAUGCAGACGCUAUAAAUCAAAUCUCUGCUCGACGCAAUCAUUUAUUGAAACUGGUAGAAAUAUAUGGAAUCCUCGAUGUCUUUGGAAAAAAUAUCCUCACUACAGAGAAAGAGAAAUGGAAACGUCAUAAGAAAGUCAUUGCGCCUGCGUUUUCGGAAAAGAAUAAUGUAGCGAAAGAUUCUAGUGAUAAGAAUUUGAAUGUUGAGAAUACGGCGCCUGAUACUGCGGUUUUGAUUCUAUAUGUUAUUAUUGGAGCGGCGUAUGGUAUCAGUCAGAUUUGGGAGGGGGAAGAUGAGCAUCAGUUGGGUGGUAAUGUGGUUCAUGGGUUUAAUACUGCGAAGUUGGGGGGAAAUCAUCGGUUGAUGUUUAAGGAUGCGCUUGCUAAUUUCGUGAAUGGAAUUAUUUGGGCUGCUCUCGGUCCGAUGUGGGUGUACAGUCAGUCGAAUUUCGUUUUCGAUGAACUAAACUAG